UUAAGUGAUGUCAGAAAAUCACAAAGUAUUAAAGAACUUGCCAACAGCAAGUUUGUUAUUCAUCUUUGCUUGUGUAAAAAGGGUGAUGGUUUUUUCUUAUAUUCUUUUGAAGUUGCUGACCUGAUAUUAAAGGAACUAGUGACAAUAUAUCCUUGCUAUAAAGCCCUCUCACAUUUUGUUGCUUAUAUAUGUGCUUGUUACGAAGAAUUGGUGGAAUUUCUUGAUGAAGUGAAAAGUGAAGAGAUGAAAAGCAAACUUAAUUCAAUAUCAAUUUUCCAUAUAUGGUAUCAUCAACAGAUUACCACAUAUGUAACAGGCAAUAUACGGCUUGGUGGUAAAACAUUUUGGAGGCAUAUUUUUAAUAGGAUAUUAACUAUACAGAAUGAAUUUUUGUCAUCGAUAGAAAGUAUUUCCGAUUCAGAAUUUGCUAAGAGACUCAAGACAAAGAUUCGUGGUACUAUUGAAGAAUUGGAAAAACAGCUUAAGAUGUUUCAUUGCUUACGAGAAGGUGAUGUCUCUAUCAUAUUUGCAAUUAAUGAGGCACAAUUAUUAAUGGUACCAAAUAAAGGGCUUGGUAACAACUCUCUGUAUCAUUAUUUCUGUGUUGCAUCUUCCACAAUACCUGGAUACGAUCCAGAUGUGAAA